UCAACUGCUACUGCUACAAGAACCAAUCACAUUCAUUUAGAAUUACUCAGGCCAUGAUUGAACAAAGGUUUAUUUUUUACGCUGGAGAUUUCCAGCUGUAUUUUGUUUAUAGUUAGUUUAGUUUUAUAAAUUAGGAAUUAAUUAAAGUGAUGCGCGUGUUAUAGUUUUGUGUCGGAAAAUGUUUGGUGCUUUUGGGAAUAUAGCUUUCUUUAUCCUGCUUGUACCAUACAUCGAAAGUGCAAAUCGUCUGAACGAGUACAUCAGUCACUUUGAGCCCGCAGAGUAUGAUGAGAGGGACUUACAUGCAGCACAUUCGCGCGCUCGACGCUCGGUGACCAACAACCACGUGGUGCAUGUUGCGUUCAAUGCUCACGGCCGAGCACUCAACAUCAGACUGAGACGGGACCUGAGCACGUUUAGUGAUCAGCUCACGGUGGUUGACCACACUGGUCGUGAGAUACCUAAUGUGGAGCCUUCACAUAUCUACCAGGGCCAUCUGCUGGAUGAGCCUGGUAGUUCAGUGUUUGGAUCCAUCUUGGACGGUGUGUUCGAGGGCAAGAUCAUAUCCAAGCAGGGUAAUCUGUACGUAGAGAAGGCGACACGGUACUUCCCUCCUACAGCCAACGUCAGCUUCCACUCGGUGGUGUACAAGGAAGCUGACGUGGAGGACCCGUACGAACACAUGCGCUCAGGUCACGUGGGCGGAUGCGGCAUAACAGACUCUGUCAGUCAGUGGAUGGAGCAGAUACAGAACUCAGCUGUAGAACCAGAACAAAACAUAGAACAAAAUGAUGAUAUUGAUAGUAAACUAAGAACAAAGAAGUUACCAAAGAAAUAUGUAAAUGAUAGUUCAGAGGAAGAGAAAAGGUGGAGGACGCACAACAUAGAGGAAAAUGAAACUCCUUUUGACAAAUACAGCCGAGAGGCGAACGCGGGGGACGGGAGAGGAGGGAGAAGCAAACGAGCGACCAGACCUAAAGAGGAGAAUAAGAACACCUGCUCGCUCUUCAUUGAGACUGACCCACUCAUCUGGAGACAUAUAUCAGAACAGGUGGGGUUUGAUCCUGAGAAGACGAGGGAAGAGAUACUCUCCCUCAUCGCCCAUCACGUGACGGCCGUCAACUACAUCUACCGAGACACAAAGUUUGACGGCCGCAUUGAACACAGGAACAUCAAGUUUGAGGUGCAAAGAAUCAAGAUUGAUGAUGACGCUCCAUGCAAGCCCGGAUACCAAGGAGAGACUAACCCAUUCUGCAUGGAGAACAUUGAUGUGAGCAACUUCCUGAACCUCCACUCACUAGGCAACCAUGAGGACUUCUGUCUAGCGUAUGUCUUCACGUACAGGGACUUCACUGGAGGCACCCUGGGACUAGCUUGGGUGGCUUCAGCAUCAGGAGCAUCUGGGGGCAUCUGUGAGAGAUACAAGACUUACACGGAGACUGUAGGAGGCAUGUACCAGUCUACCAAGCGUAGUCUCAACACGGGAAUCAUCACCUUCGUCAACUACAACAGUCGAGUUCCUCCCAAAGUUUCCCAGCUCACCUUAGCCCAUGAGAUCGGACAUAACUUUGGUUCACCUCAUGAUUACCCCGCAGACUGUCGGCCCGGAGGUCUCAACGGCAACUACAUCAUGUUUGCCUCGGCCACUAGUGGCGACCGACCCAACAACAGCAAGUUCAGCAGCUGCAGUGUGGGGAACAUCAGUAAUGUCCUGGAUGCCAUUGAGGACAAGAAGAAGCGCAACUGCUUCGAAGUGUCUGAGGGGGCGUUCUGUGGCAAUAAGAUCGUAGAGGCAGGGGAGGAGUGUGACUGUGGCUAUGAUGAUGAGGAGUGUAUGGACAAGUGCUGCUAUCCUCGGGUAGUGGGAGAGUUGGAAAGUAUAAAGAAUGUAUCAGCCAAGGGCUGCCAGAGACGAGCCCACACGGAGUGCAGUCCCAGUCAAGGCCCGUGCUGCAGUAGUGAGACUUGCCGCUUUGUUCCUGCCUCUCACAACGUCAGAUGUAAGUCAGAGUCCGACUGUGCUUGGAGCUCUAGUUGUGAUGGACUCAGUCCUGAAUGUCCCAGACCUCCACCCAAGGCCAACAAGACCCGCUGCAACGAGGGCACUCAGUUGUGCAUCAACGGAGAGUGUACUGGAAGUAUUUGUCUAGAGUGGAAUCUACAGGAGUGCUUCCUCACCAGCAACCAGGGACAGAACGUAGACAAGCGGAAGUUGUGUGAGUUAGCUUGUCAGAAUGGGACGGAUCCAGAGUCUUGCCGCAGCACCAGUGAGUUUGCUCAUCUUGUAGGGUUACCUCCAGGAGGCAUCAGUUUGCGACCCGGCUCUCCAUGUGACAACUUUCAGGGCUACUGUGAUGUUUUCUUCAAAUGCAGAGCUGUAGAUGCAGAAGGACCUUUGGCAAGACUUAAAAACUUGCUGUUCAACAAGGAAACUUUGCAGACUUUGGCCCAGUGGGUCCAGGAGUACUGGUGGGCCUGUAUGCUGAUAGGGAUAUGUUUCAUCAUCUUCAUGGGAGUUUUCAUCAAAUGCUGUGCUGUCCACACUCCAUCCUCCAACCCAAAGAAACCUCCGGCGCGAAGGUUCUCCGAGACUUUGCGCAGACCAAUCAACACUCUGAGGAGAAUGAGACAUCCAGGCCACGCGCAUGCUCACGGACACGGGCACGGGCACGGGCAUGGCCACGGCCACAGUGGUCCCCAACGGCCAGGGCCCAGUAGAGGUCCUGCCCACGGCUAUGGAGAAGGGCGUGGCCAAUACUACGCUCCUAAAGCUUCAGCGCCUCCGCAGCCUGAGCUCUACGCUGGAGCCUACGCUGACAGAAACGCCUUUCACAUGCGACAGCAUAAAGUUUGACUGGGAAGUGAAGGAGUUUUCCCCUGUGUAUUCGUCUAGUGCCGUGUUUUAUGGCUACUCCUGCUGAACUACACAAUUUUAUUUAAGUUAGUUUUUAUGUGUUAACAGUUAGUUAGUUAUUUAAUCUAAAGUCCAUGUCAGUUUCAUAGCUCAAAGUGUCGAAUAUUUCUUUGUAAACACAAACGGGUAACCUUUAAUUGUAUACGUUUUUUGUAUUCAGGGUGGCAAAUUUGUGUUUUUUGCAUUUCUCGAAAAUAUUGGUCAUAUAACUGCAUGAUAAAAGUUGUAUGGUUUAUAUAUAUUUUUUAUACCUUUUUUAAGCAUGUAAUUGUUUGCUUGUUUCAGAUAUUUAUUUCCUACAAUGCAUGCAAAAAUAAAUUGUUAUUUGAAUCCCAAUAAUAUUAUUUUACAUAAUUUAUCACUUUAAGUUUUUUUUUUUAAGAAGAAAAAUUAUUUAUUAAUCUUGUAGAGUUUUAAUGUGUGAAGCUAAAUUUAAUGAUGGUCUUCUUGAAGGAAAUUUGUUUUUAACAGAGGUAUCUAUAUAAAAUUUAUUUAUUUUAAUUUUAAUAGAGGUAUUUAUAAGAUUUAAUUUAUUUGUGUUAUUAGCACCAGUUGUGGUUGGUGACAUACAAAAGUCUCUAGAAAACUUGUACAUUAUACUUAUAUGCUUUAUUUACAACAUGAAAACUAUGAAAUUUUAAGGAAAUAACAAUACAACAAUCAGCUGUUCAAUUGUUAACACAUGUUCCAUAUGAUCUAAUGAUGUAUACCUGCAAACCCAUUACUACCAGAAAUCUCUAAAAAAAAAUUCAAACUUUCAUAAUUAUUUCCAACGACCCAAUAAUUAUUAAUAAAAUUGGUGCAGUAGAACUGUAGAUUUAGUUGUACAAAGAUUUUUAAAACUAAAUUAUUAUAAGAAAAGAUGCUGUGAAACAAAAAUUCUUUUUUUAUUUGUUUGAGUUUUAAUGUGUUUAGCUAAAUUUAGUGGUGUGUAUAGCUCUUUCAAUUGUUCUUACAAGAGGUAUCUAUAAAAUGUUAUCCAUUUGUUUUAUAUUGUAAAACAAAAGUCGUUUUUUAAUCUGUUUAAGUUCUGGUGUGUUUAACUAUAUUAAGUGCUGGUCCACUCAUAUAUAUAUUUUUUUCAACCGAGAUAUCUAUAACAUUUUGUUUAUUUGUUUUAUAUUUUAGAACAAAAGUUGUUUUUUAAUCUGUUCAUGUUUUGGUGUGUUUAACUUAAUUAAGUGAUUUUUUUAACAGAGAUCCAUAAAAUUUUAUUUAUUUUGGUUAUAUUGUGAAAUAGACUGAUUGCCCUUUAAGACCUAUUCUAAUAUUAUGUUAAGUUAUUGUAUCUAACCAGAUUAGUGAAACUUUAUCAUUAUUGGUAUUGGUGUAAAGCUUGAUUAAAGCCAAAAACAAAAUUUAGUUGGCUCAAGACGUCAAUUUUUAUUACUGUAUUAUCAGUAUAAAGUAAAUUUUUAUGAUAAAAAAGGCUAAAAACAAAGGAACAAUCUUAUUGCUGUACUAUUGCAUGUAUUGUAUUUUUUUAGUUACAUAUUGCAUUUUAAUUAGCGUUGCAAUUUUUUUAUAGUAUUAAAUGUUAUUAAAUCUAUUAAUUAUACAUAAUAGUUGUUAGAGAACUUAAUUCCUUAAUUGUUUUAUACUUUUAAAAUUGUGGAUCAAAUUUGAAGGACAAAAUAUAACUUAGGCUGAAUAUUUUAAGGUGAAACUGUAUUUAUUUUCUAUCCAUAGUUCAAUGCCAUUCAUUGACUUGCUAGUUUUAAGUGUUUGUCUUUUAAAAGGCAUGGAUUUUAGAUUGAAGUAAUUGUUUAAAAUGGAUAAUGUGUUUUCAGAUGGCAAAUUUUAUUUUCAAUACUUGAUUUGUUACAAAAUGAAAAAUAUGAAAAUAUGUAUGUUUUGUACAAAUUGUUAACAGAAUGUAUUGCAAUAUCAAUGUAUUCAUAUUAAUUACAAAAGUUUUUUUGUAUGGGAACUUUGAGCUCAAAAAGCAACAUUUAAAAAUGUGAUUUAUGUUUUCCUUUAUACCUCUAAAAUCUAUGCAUUGUUGCGAGUAUGAAUAAAUUUAUGCUGGUUAACUACAAAAGUAAAUUUCAAACAAAGAUUCCAUCUGAAAACAUAUUUUUCUAGUUUCCAAUGGAUUCACCAAAGAGAUUUUAGGGUAAGACCAUUUCCGAUCUCAUCGAUAAUGUAAAAUUCCCUCGGUUUCCACGUCUGUGUUUACUGUUCGAUCCAUACAGUUAGUUUGUAUAUGUUGUGAUAAAAUAAAAUACCCACCCGGUAAAAGAUCCAUUGGAAAUACCCAGUCUCAGAUGCGAACUCUGUGAUCAUUUUGUUUGUUGCACAAUUCAAGCUUUCCAUCUGUAUUUAAAUGGGGGUGUUUAAAUAACUUUCUGAGUACAAUACCUAGUUGUGUGAUCAUAUAGUAAACAAACAGAUUUUUCAAAUUCUUACGCAAGCUGUAGCUUAAUAUAUUUUACUUUUCUUCUCUUUGAAACCUCGAAACAUAGUUUAUCUCAAUUCUUGCCAAAUCCUAUUAGAUUAAUAGUAGUAAUUAAGUCUUUGUCCUUUGAAAUGAUGAAUCCUUGGAUUAAAUCUGUAGAAGAUUAUGAAGAUCAGUUUUUGCUUAAAGCAUCUUAAUUUUAAACAGGAACGCUUACCACACAUAGUUCUUUAAACCCUCCUAACUAUUUACAGAUGGAAAUCUUAAUUGAGUAACAACAUUGACAUCACCUAUACUUUAGGAUAUUAUACAUACUAUAAAUAUAUCGUUUGUAUAUAAUAUUAGUCCAAUGAAUUGUUUUAUACUUGCCUAUUUAAUUGAUACUGCAGCGCCUGAGAGUUGCAGUAGUGUAUGUUUAGUUAAUUCUUUAGAAACUUUUCCUGUGUUCUUUAUUUUAUGCAGUUAGCAUAAAUCGUAUAAAGGCAUUCCUUUUUUUAUCCUUUGACAUUUUCAUUUUUACCGAUGUCAAAUUCUUUUCAUACCAUGUGUAUUAUAUUUUUACUCAUAGAUGCAUUUAAUGUGUAAAGAUUUUUGUAUAUAAGAAAGUUAAGUCGGAGGUAUUUCAAGUCACCAACGGUGGAAAAGGAUUGGUUCGUUUUAUAUUUUGAAAGAUCAACAUUUCCUGUGAUAUUUGUGUGAAAUUUUAACAAUAUAAGAUGACAUGUGUUUACUCAAAAGUCCUUUAAAUUUAUCUACUAUUAAAUUACAACUACUUCUAUACUUUAAAAGUAUUCAUAAACCCUAAAUUGGAAAUUUCAAGAAACAUUGAGCAAAAGUCCAAAACCAUACAGUGCUGGCAUUGUAUGACUUGCUUGUUAUUGAAUUACCCCCACACUAUUUUUAUUUUCAUAAAUCAAAAAAACUAUUUUGGAGUUACUUUGAUUGCAAAGCUUUGUAAAUUAUUCUCUUCUCUAUCUGUUAAUUUUCAAAGUUAGGUGUAAUUAAAUGUUUAGGUACAUACUUCCUCUUAAAAAAAGUAAGAAUUUUGUUUGGAAAACCAGUUUCUCUUGGGUUUGAGCCAAUCCAUUUCAGCCAUUCAACCCCUGAUCAAAAUAUAUAUUUAAGCUUAUUUUAACUUCUCUUUAUAUAUUUUCCUCGAUUUGUUUGCUCAUGCAAUUGAUAUUGUUUGUAUACUUUUUAAUCCACUCAAAUUAUGAAUAGUUUUAUUUUAACUAUUUUAUUAAUUUUAUAUUGCUAAAGUAAGAAGUGUGAAUUAUUGUUAUCAAUAUUAUAGUCUAACUAAUAUUUUUUCUGUCUGUAGAAUCAAAUUGUGUUCCUACCAGCAAUUUUAUUUGUAUAGUUCUAGCAACAAACGAACAAAUGCACUUCUUACGGUUUUUGUUCAACUUUAUGUACCUCAAGACACUAUAAAUUGUGAUUUGAAAUCAUCUCAAACCAAGUUAUACUACAAGUAACAGAAUGGAUUAAAGAUGUCUUUAACUAAA